CCUCGCAAAGCGAGCCUCCCGUGCUGGGUCCACACACCAGCGCAAGCACAGAAGCAAUAUAUAUUGUGGCCGCAUCAGCUCGCAUGCAUUUCUCGUCUGUCCAGGCAUAACUGCGUCUAACCCUUGGAGACAGCCAGCUUGUGCCAAACCCAGCGAGGGAGCCAUGCAACGCCGCUCCUCCAAAGAGGAGGCGCCCUUCCCCUGGCGCCAGUGUGUAGUACUGGCGCUGUGCAACGCGGCCCACUUCUACACCAUCUGCUCCCUUUUUAGUUAUGCGGGGUUCCUCGUCGUGGAUUUAGGAUGGUCACCAAACGUGGACGAGGCGGGCUACGUCGCCGGUUACCUCGGCAGCGCUCUGGUCGUGGGACGGCUCUUCACGUCGGUCCUGUGGGGGCGCCUGGCGGAUGCUUUCGGAAGAAAACCGGCCAUUUUACUGUCGAUGGCGGGCAUACUGGUCGGGAACCUGGCUUUUGGUAUCACAAAAACGUUACAUGCGGCAUUGAUCGUGCGAGCGAUAUUCCUAGGAGCGUGCAACGGCUGGGUGUCGCUCAUGGGCGUCUACGUGGGGGAAGUGGGCGGCGCGUCUAGGCAGAACCGCGUCAACGGCUACACGCUGACGGGCGGCACGUUUUGCCAAUUGAGCGGCCCCGCCGUCGCCGCGCUCUUGUACAACAAGAUACCGCGGUAUCCUGCGUUAGCGCCGUCCUUACUCGGCGCAUGCUUAGCUCUGGUCGCCAUUUUACUAGGAAGCGUGUGGCUCACGGAGACGAAGCAGCCCGGCUACGCCCGCGUCGGUGAUGCUGAGGAGCCCGAUGUAAGCGUGUCGUCCGACGUCCACUCGGUUUUGUUCGCGAAAGGCGUCUUCCUGCGCUUCGCGCUGGGUUUCGCGACUUUCGCAGCUUUUGAUACCAUACCGCUCUGGGCCAUCGCGUCCCUGAAAGCCGGUGGGCUGGAUUUGACUCGAGCAGAUCUAGCAAUCACACUCACUGUAGCGUCGGGCGUCCAGGUCGUUUAUUCUUUUCGGUUCAUGGCAUCCUUCAUGGAAGGACGGGGCCUGAGGGGGUCGCUCGUGACCGCGGCUUGUGCAGGCGCUUCAACGUUAAUGUUCAUUCCCAUACUUGGCGGGUUGGAGUCGCCCUUCGGCGUCAAACUGUUAUUUUUAGCAGUACCGGUCACAGUAUUCUACGCCGCGGCGACCACAGCUUUUUCCGCUGCGCAAGCAAUAGUGAAUAACGUGGUGCGGAGCGCGGAACGGGGCUACGCCAAUGGUGUUGCUGCCACCGUGGAGGCCGUGGGCAAGGCGGCGGGGCCGACCUUCGGGGCUGUGGUCCUCGCGACGGGGUUCUCGCGACACCACGGCGGCUUCGCGGCCUUCUGGUGCCUCGCCUCAUCUUUACUACUAGCGGUCGCUGUGGCGAGAAAACUGCCCGAGUCCGUCGAGAAGUCGUUGGAUGAUGAACUGGCCACCAUAGAAAUGACGCGGCGGAAAGAGAUAGGCUUCGACGAGGGCCAGGACGCCUGGGACGCGAAGCUCGGCAAGCGCGACUCGGAGCCCGUGUUGGCGGGGCUCGAGGACAGCGCGGCGUGA